AUGAGGCUUCUCGGCUCUUUAGUCGUCGUCGCCGUCGUCGUCGCACCAAGCAUAUCAGCACUGCCAUUGCGAACGAAUGAUGCAAACAGUCUCCAAUCCAAGCAACUGGUUCACGAGCGCUCUUCCACAAGAUUAGAUGCUGAAAACAGCUUCCAGAAGAGAGUUAUAAUUCUAGCCACGAAUUUGGGCCUUGGACUUGGCGGUAUUAUCGGGGAUGCAGCAGCGAGCGGCGUUGGGGACGCAGUUGGUGGCGCGGUUGGAGACAUUAAAAACAUAUUCGACGGUGGAAGCGCACCUGCGAGCAAGUCACAAGAUGACAGCUCGGCCGAUCCAGUCAUAGAAGCUCUCCAGAAUGCGGUAGAAAAUCCACAGCCUGGAAUCUUCAACCUUAUCGGCGGGGCUGUAGGCGAAUGGUUCGGUGCUGAAGUUGGAAAGUUCAUAUCGCAGGGACUGGAAGGAAAUGCAAAUGUCCCGGCCAUAACGCAGUUCAUCGACGAAGCAACUUCCAAGAAUUGA